GUGGUGGUGGUGGAAGCGGCGUUGAGCUUCAGCAAUUUGGGAAGAAAAAGAGGGAGGCAGCUGGGGAGGGGCUGUUAGACUCUGCGGUUUGUAUUUCAGGUGAUUAAACACUAAUCACCUGGUGAAUUACUUUUCUGGAACGAGCCUUUUGCGGGGUUUUUGGCUUCCGUUUCUGUGGUCAGAGAGGAAACCUGCCUUCUCAGCCUUCGCAGAAGAAGAGGCAAGCGAUGAGGGCCUGUGUGCUGAGCUACCAGGGGGAGAGGAGCCAGCAGAAAUGACUCACCCCUUGGGAAUGAUUUCUUCUCAGCUGUGCUCAGUGCAUUCUCUGUGAGUCAAGCAUAGCAGUGGACAGCUGUGUGGCUAUGGGAGAUGAGCAGGGCAUGACAAGGGUGCUACUGGAAUGCAGCCUCACUGACAAGUUGUGUAUUAUCCGAGAGCAGCAGUAUGAAAUCAUCAUUGUCCCAACCCUCCUGGUGGGCGUCUUCCUCAUCCUUCUUGGGGUUAUCCUAUGGCUUUUUAUCCGAGGACAUAGAGCUCAGCAAGAGUCUCCUGGACUUCAAGGCACUGCUCCUGUGUCCACAUCUAGGGGGCUUAGCAGGGAACCAACAGGACAAGGAGGAAAUGUGUCUGUCCUCCUGAAAGAGACAUCAGUGGAAAGUCUUCUAAGAACCUCCACACAUGCUCUGGCUACGCUACAGGUGCCCCGGGAGCAACUCUCUGAUGUCCUGGAACAGAUCCACAGUGGAACUUGUGGGGUUACUUAUCGAACAAAGAUGAAUACUGGGGACCCUGAAAAGCCCAAGAGUGUCAUCCUUAAGGCUUUAAAAGAACCAGCGGAGCUCCAGGAGAUACAGGAUUUCCUAGGGCGAAUCCACUUCCAACAAUACCUGGGGAAACAUUCGAACCUGGUGCAGCUAGAAGGCUGCUGCACAGACAGGCUGCCCCUCUACAUGGUGCUGGAAGAUGUGGCCAAGGGGGACCUGCUCAGCUUUCUCUGGACCUGUCGCCGGGAUGUGAUGACCAUGGAUGGUCUUCUCUAUGAUCUCACAGAAAAACAAGUAUAUCACAUUGGAAAGCAAGUUCUUUUGGCUUUGGAAUUUCUUCAGGAUAAACAUCUGUUCCAUGGGGAUGUGGCGGCCAGGAAUAUCCUAAUCCAGAGUGAUCUUACAGCUAAGCUCUGCGGACUGGGCCUAGCCUAUGAAGUUCAUGCCCACGGGACCAUCUCUUCGACCCGUGCUAUUCCUCUAAAAUGGCUCUCCCCAGAACGGCUUCUGUUGCGCCCGGCAGGCAUCAAAGCAGAUAUUUGGUCCUUUGGGAUUCUGCUCUAUGAGAUGGUGACUCUAGGGGCACCACCGUAUCCUGAAGUCCCUCCUACAAGUAUCCUACAGUAUCUGCAAAGAGGGAAAAUCAUGAAGAAGCCCAGUAGUUGUACUUCUACCAUGUAUGGUCUUAUGAAGUCCUGCUGGCGCUGGAGUGAGGCCAGUCGCCCCUUACCGAGAGAGCUACGCACACGCCUGGAAAAUGCAGCUCGAACUGCAGAUGACAAAGCCGUACUGCAAGUGCCGGAACUGGUGGUUCCCGACCUGUAUGCAGCUGUGGCCGGCAUCAGCGUGGACAGCCUUUCCUAUUGUUGCAGCGUCCUUUGAAGAUUUGGAUCCAAGGUCAUUAUACUGGUGACCCUAUAUUCUUGGAAUCAGUUCCUUCAAGAACAAGAGUAUAACACACUUUCUGAUAGGCCGUAAAGCAAGAAAAGGGACAUAUAUCCUGAUCUAUCUUGCCACAUUUCCCAAGAUACUGUUGGAUGAAAUGCUACUGGAUGGGGUUCUACAAGGUUCUCAACUUUGAAGUUGAGAAAUGCAGUUCCAUUUCUGCUGUCCUAAACCUAAAGGUCCAGCACAGAUGUUGGAAGCAGUGUUAUAUUGCAAAGGAGGCUCUAGAAAUUCACAGAAAUUAUUCAGACGAGGCACAAAUAGGUUGGUUCCUCCCAAGGAGGCUAGUUUCAAUACAGAGAAUGCUGUUAUACAGAUUUUAAUAAGGCUCAGAGAAAUUAGAAUCAAAUGAUGGAACAGAAAGUCAAUAAAAGAGUUGAUUAGAAAGAAUGUAAAGGUUCCACUUGCUUAGAAAUACAGAUGUGAGCCAAAAUUCUUGUUCAGAGAUGGUGGAGCAAAGAAGGUUCUUGGUCCCUAGAAAUAGUAAAGAGGCUGAGCCUAGAUAAUCAGCAAGGUUGGUAAUGAGUUUAUAGUCUGCCUAUUAAAUAAAAAGUUAAGUAUGGGUAUCAAGAAAGAAUGGGCCUGAAAGUCUUUAACAAGGGAUAGAAAAGGAUGUAAUCUAAGAUGGAUGAAUAGUAGCUUUCAAUUUAUAAUCAUGUACUGAUGUACUGUGAAAUUUAGUUCAUUAAACUAAUAUUUAUUGCAUGAAA